AUGAAGGGCAGCGUAUGGAUUGAGCGAAACACACUAACGGCAGAUGCUUCUUGGUAUCCACACAGCUCGUCAACGCGUUCCUACAAACUCCGUGACGAACGAGGUUGUAAGACACAUUCAGUUCUAGCAUGGUGA